AUGAGUGCCUCAGUGGAAACCGAGUCGACCGCGCCAGUGAGAGAGGAGGAUGAACGCAAUAGGUUGAAGGGAAGUAGUCACGAGAAUUUCGAAGAAUUUAUUCGAAGAUUCAGUAGGAAGUAUAGAACAGUGAUAUUCGAUGACAAGACAUUACUAGACAUAAUGGUAGAUGAUCAUCUGGAAGGUAGGGCCAAGUCGGUGUUUUUGUCAUUACCAACUAGUGUGAGAGAACAGGGUUUUGAUGCAGUAGUGAGAGAACUGAGAAAAUUGCUGGCAAAUGAUUCAACGGCGGGCCGAUUGAGGGCACUGACCGAACUGAGGUGCCUUAAGCGAAGGUGGGGGCAGUCCGUCUCAGACUUCUGUGUCGUUCUCGAGAAAUUGGGGAGGCAAGCGAAUCCUGCUUGUAGCAUAAGGGAAAGGUCUCUCGAGUACGCACAGAUACUGCUGGACAAUUUGACGGAUUGGCCAGAACAUGUCCACCUACUAAGCACGUUGCACCGGGUAGACCCUACAGAGGCGUAUGAUGCAGUCAAGGAGUUGGCCUUAACCAUUGAACAGUCAAGGUGCAUGUUGGCCCCGAGUGGAAAUACCCGCAAAGAUGGAUGGAAGAGAAGGUCAGCGGCGUACCAUCAGGAAGAAAGAAAACGGGAUCCCGAGUCAGGAGGGCUCAGGGAUGUAGUGAGUAGCGAGGUGAAGCCAAGAAGUGGUUUCAGAGAAGGGAUUAGCCGAGGGGAGGCAAGAUAUUCCACACCUCACGAGGAGGUUAGAAUGAGCGAUACGAAUGGAGCGCCUGUGAGAGAACAAGGGAAGAUAUACCAGGGGACACGAGACCCUCAAGUCAAUCAAAUCGCGGAUGAAACCGCAAAACGGAGUACGUCACCUCAGGAGUCAGCUACAAAGAAAGAAACGACGCAACGUCGUCCGGUAUCAUCGAUUAUUAGUGCAAGGAGUUUAGGAGUGAAAUGUGGUUUCAUUUGGCAAGGAGGAGACGCCACGUAG